AUGAACGCCCAGGCACAAGAACACGGUCAUGCUGUUGUUGUUUGGGAGUGGGAAAAUCGUAAUGGGCGAUGGAGACCUUAUAGUCCUGCAGUGUCUCAACAUCUUGAGAGAGCACAUUGUAAAAAAUUAACUCGGGUCUUUCUGAAUGAUGCAGAUCCGAAUUUGGACAGGUAUUAUAUAAAUUUGAAAACAAAAACGCAAUGUAGUGAAGACGGAGAUGAAGUGCAUAAUGUUAGAAGAAAAUUUUACCUUCCAAGUUCACCAGCUGGGAAAGGAGCUAAGUGGGAAUGGGCUGGUGACACAGAUGAUUGGCAUACAUAUGAUAUGGAAGUGCAAUGUUUCAUAGAAGAAGCAUGGGCAAGGGGUGAUAAAACCAUCGAUGUUUCUAAAACAUAUUUAGGUUUUCCAUAUAUCAUAAAUUUUUGUAAUUUAACUCAAGUACGUUGUUGUACUGGAUAUGUAAGGCCGAUACGACGUAUUCAACAAGCACCUUAUCCCUUAGUCAAAGUUGCUUUAGAAGAAUUACAGGUUAUUUCCGAGAUAAAAGCAACAUCUGCAACUGUCAAAAAUAUAACUACAAAAGUUACACAUAAAAAGUCUGCUGGGAGUACAAAAAAGAAUAAUAAAAAGAGCAAAAGUGGAGAUAUUGGUCCAUCAAAUAUAGCUCGUGUUAUUUUGAGCAAUUUUAAUAUAUUUAGCAAUAAACACGGAGUAGAAAAUAAUAAUUCAAUUACAAAUACCGAAUCUGGACAAAAAAGAAAAACAUGGGAUAGUGCGUUGGAUGUAGAUUCCAGCAGUACGAAAAGUGGUCGAAGACCAAGUGUUGAUACAGUUUCUACAUAUUUGAGUCAUGAAAAUCCAAUAGAUUUAUUGGAUAGUAGUGUAGGCAGUGAUGAUGCUUUUAAAGAUACUAUUUUGGGUGUAGAUACUGAAUCUGAUGUUAUUUCCCAAUAUGUAAAAGUAGUAGAAAGUGAUAAUUGUGAUUCUUGUCCUGUAUGUCUCGGUAUGCCAGAACCAUUAACAGUAGAGUUGACACGUUGUAAACACAGAUUACAUUUAGCAUGUUUGAAUGCAAUGCUCAGUUGUCAGCAGCCUCCUAUGUAUAUACAGUGUCCUGUUUGUCGUUUAAUUUAUGGUGAAAAAAGAGGAAAUCAACCUCCUGGAACUAUGAACUGGACAAGAAUACCUCGAGCAUUGCCUGGUUUUCCAAAUACAAAUACAAUUCAGAUAACUUAUGACAUUCCAUCAGGAAUUCAGGGAAACGAACAUCCCAAUCCUGGUCAAACUUAUUACGCUGUAGGCUUUCCACGUAUAUGUUAUCUUCCAGAUAAUAAUUUAGGCCGUAGAGUUUUAAGACUAUUACAGAUUGCGUUUGAACGAAAAUUAAUAUUUACAAUUGGACGAUCAGUAACUACUGGAAGAGAAGAUGUAGUAACAUGGAACGAAAUACAUCAUAAGACUGAAUUGGGUCCAUCCACAACUGGUCAUGGAUACCCUGAUAAAAGUUAUCUUGAAAGAACAUUAGCUGAAUUGGCAGCUCAAGGUGUAACAGAUGGGCAAUCAUCGCCUGUAUUGUAUCAGGAAUUGCAAUGAAGUGGCGCGACUUUCAAUCCAAUAAAAUGGCCGAAAAUUGAUUUUUCUACGCGGACGUGAGUUCUAUGUAAUUUUUUACAUUCAAAUACGAACGAAUGCCGUAUAUAUUGGGAAACGACAAUGUUUUAGAUAAAAAGCAACGAGAAUUACAUUGUUACGGAUCGUGAUCGAUUGAGUAUAAAUAUUACGAUCAAAUAUUAAAGCGUGAAGGAUUUAUGUUAUACUACUUGGCACAAAGACGUCCGAUAAAUUUCUAAUGUUUUUUUGAAAUAAAAAUUCGCGCCUAAAUGAGUGCUAAAGACCAAUACAAUUGCGUUUUGUGCGACUCGAAAUUAGAAUCCAAGGAAGCUUUGCAAGCGCAUUUUAG